CUUCUAGUUCUUUAGAGAAAGCAAAGAGACCCUGUCAGUUCUCUUGUCAAACUUGUGCAAUUAUGUUGUUACUGUGGUCGGCGGUUCUGCUCGGCUUUAGCCGGUUCGGAGAUGCAGACUUUUCUCCUCCACAGUUUAAUAUUAGUUUGGAUCAGCCGCCGGAAGAGAGAUGGUUACCACUGAUGAAACAUUUUGAUGGAGCUUUGAUGAGGAAAGCUGCAGCUCAAGUCAUAGAUUCUACGGUUCCAAAGUGGGUUCAUCAUGCCGUGGAGCCGAUAGCAGCUGCGCUAGAGGAGUUCUUCCCACAGCCCUAUGCGGGAGAGAUCCGUGGAGUGGCCGCAGGCUUCGGACUGAGCAUUGGGGACGUUGUUCUCUUGAAUUUCGCCUACGAGACCACAGCGUUCUGCACCAGUAUUGUUACUCAGGAUACUAAAGGAAACAUUUACCAUGGCAGGAACCUGGAUUACCAACAUGAUGAUAUUCUGAGAAAUAUUACAGUUGAUGUCCAGUUUAUAAAAAAUGGACAGGUGGCUUACAAAGGAACGACAUUCGUUGGCUUAGUAGGCCUAUGGACUGGACAGAGUUCCAACAAUUUCACAGUUUCUGGAAAUGAACGUGCCCAGGGCCAUUGGUGGGAGAAUGCGUUUGCUGCAUUUCUGCUGAAAAAUACUCCUGUCAGCUGGCUUAUGAGAAAUACUCUUGAGGAUGCUGAAGACUUUGAGGAUGCAGUAAUGAAACUGACCAAGGUCCCCAUCAUUGCAGAUGUAUAUUACAUCGUCGCAGGUGCCAGACCUAACGAAGGAGUGGUGGUGACCAGAAACAGGGAAGGACCUGCUGAUAUCUGGCCUCUUGAUCCUCAAAAUGGACGCUGGUACCAAGUAGAGACAAACUACGACCACUGGACCACCCCUCCUCCGUUUGAUGACCGAAGGACUCCUGCCAUCAAGGCACUCAAUGCUACUGGGCAAGAGAAUAUCAAUUUGGAUACUCUUUUUAAAGUAUUGUCUGUGAAGCCAACCCUCAACAGUAUCACCAUUUAUACAACUGUCAUGAGUGCAGCUUUCCCAGAAAUGUACCGGACGGAAGUUAGAAAGAAAACAUAGUGUUUUUUAGAUUUGCUGUUUAAAAAAAAAAAAAAAAAAAAGAACAAAAAGGUACGUAUUUAAAAAAUAAAUCUGUGAAUGAUCUAAGUAACAAAUCCUACUCAGAGGUUACAAGCUCAGCCCCAGUGUAUCAUAUCUCUUUUCUGAAUCCCCUACUUCACCUUGCAGUCAGACCACAGACUCAAUCACAUGUGGAAUUACUCAUCUGCUAAGUCACUUUUUAAAGAUUCAAAAUCAUUUGCAGAACAAAACAUAAAAAAAAAAAAACCAAAAAACUUCAACAUGCCAAAUGAUGCAUUUGUAUCUUUACCUACCUUCUCCUGUGUUUACAGAGAGAUAAUGUAAGCUUUUUUGGUGACAUACUGUAUAAACCAUUGCCCAGUAUCUGUUUUUCACAAAUCAAAGCAGUUUGAAAUUUGGAGGAUGUGUUUGAUAUGCUCAUUAAUUGAUAUUGCUGUUGUGCAGCAGUUGCAAGGCAAAGACGGUGAAGUCGUUAGUGUUUAUUAACUGAAGGAGGCCCGUGCAUGUUCUUAUUAUCUUACGGUUUUGCACAACUAAAUGUUUACAAUGAAAGAAAUAAACUUCAAAUAUCCACGGUGGACACUAGACACUGUCUACUGUAAGUUAUAUGCUUUCAUUUAUAUUAACUGUAUGUUAAAUGAGCUGUUUGAUUUUCUCUUCUUUUUGUAGGUCAUUGAGCAGACCUGAUGAAUGAAGACUAAUCAUUGGUUAGCAAUAUAGGAAAUCAUCUGUUUUGAUUAUGCUAAAACAAUUAUCUUUUUUUUUUUGUAUUAAACCAUUGCACAUUUAAAUAGUAAUUGUGCAUCUACUUUUUACUUCUGCCCCUUUAUGUACUCUGGAUGAAGACAUUUUUUUUUCAGUGCUAAAGUUUUCCACACAAUAUGUGAUUAACUUAUUGGGUUAUUGUCAGGACCAGGUAAUCUAAUUUUUCACUGCUUGGGCUGGGCCCCGGCCACAUCUAACAACUGGGUUUUUAUACACCCCUCAUAUCAAGCUGACAUGCUGUCCCUUGUGCUGCUAUCUGCGUCAGUAUCUCCAUGUCCCAAACAGUAAGAAGGCUUAUUCUGUUAUAACAAGAAUAACAUUGAUUAUUUCAGUUUUGCUUUGCUUUGUUGUACUUUUAAAACAAUAAAAAACAAAUAAUUCUUUUCUUACCAAA